AUGGCGGGUGCUGCGAGCACGUCCUGCUGCCGCGGCGGGGCGGGGGGGCUCCAGCCGCUCCGCGCUACCGUCCCCUUCCAGCUCCAGCAGCGCCGCGGCGCCAGCGGAGACGGGGGCCGGGCAGCGAGUGUUCCCUGCGCUGCUGCUGCUGCAGAGAAGCCCUGCCGGCCCCGGCAGCCCCGCGUGCGUCGCACCUCCUCACUGGACACCAUCGUGGGCUCCUACCUGCUGGGGCAGUGGCCACGGGAUGCUGACGGAGCUUCUGCCUCGUGCAUGAAUGACAAAGCUACCCAGACCCCGGUGUCCUGGCAUGAUGCAGAAGUGGGAAAAGCCAGCUCCAGUGCUCACAAGCGUUCUGCUUCCUGGGGUAGCACAGAUCACCGCAGAGAGAUUGCCAAACUGAAGCAGCAGCUCCAGCGAACGAAGCUAAACGGCAGAAGUGGCAAAGAAAAGGAGAAGAGCUCCCCACUGCAGGGGGACCACGCUGUGCUUGGAUCGCUGCGGGACUCUCCUUCAGGCUUCCUUUCUCUGUCUCCUGUUUUGAGGCUCAGUCCUUGCUUGCACAGGAGCCUGGAAGGGCUAAACCAGGAACUAGAGGAAGUGUUUGUGAAGGAACAUGGAGAUGAAGAGCUUUUGAGGAUCUUGGAUGUCCCAGAUGGCCACAGAGCACCAGCACCUGCUCCGAGAGGCUCUGGGGAUGCCUCCCUGAUGCUGGAGCCCAGCAGUGGCAGCUGCAGCAGCCUCUCGCUUUCUCCUUCCCCUUCUGUGCCUCUCCGCCUUUCUCCACACACUCCAGUGAGACUGGUGGCAGAAGAACUCUCCUCUGCUGUGGAUGAGGUGCAGUUGGAUCCAAAAGAAAAAGAGGAGGGCAGCCCUUCUCCAGUCCUGGCUUUCGCUUCCUCUCCUCGGCCCAACCACAGCUACAUGUUCAAACGGGAGCCUCCUGAGGGAUGUGAGAAAAUCCGGGCCUUUGAAGAAGCUUCCUCCAGCCCUGACCACACCUUUCAGCCUUCCUGCCCGGAUAAGAACAAAGUGCACUUCAACCCCACGGGCUCUGCCUUCUGCCCUGUCAGCCUGGUGAAGCCUCUCUUCCCAAACGUGGGCUUUCUCUUUAGCAGGGGCUUUCCAGCAUCAUCCAGCCCUGGCACGGGCGCGUUUACAUCCUGCCAGCCCUCGGCCCCCACGCCAUUCCUUGGGGCACGGAAGGACGCUGCUGUAGAUAACUUCAGCGACGCCUCCAAGUCGCCUUCACUCAAUUAUGAACACUGGAAACGUGGGCAGCCAGAGGAGAACGUCGUCUUCCACAGCUCCCUCGUUGUGUGAAGCCUUUGGGAAAGUUAGCCAGCAACAGUAGCUCUGGCUCCUCAGUGCAUCUCUGCCAUCCCAUGGAGAUCAGUGCCUUGAGGUUGGGACUUGACAGCCAAGGGGCAGCGCUGGGCCUGAAAACCACAGCGGGCUGCCAAGGAUGAAAGCAGCUGUGAAGUACCACGUUCCACAGGACUCCUCGCUGCUGCGGGAGGGGCUCAUUUCCCCGAGCCUCCCCUGUUGAAAGCACUUUCCUGCGUUGAAUUGUCAUUUCCUGUAUGAUUGUUUUGCUGGUGAAGAGCAGCUGGGCACCCCUGCGGUGGGUGGAGCUGCGCUCCGGGCCUCUGAGUGCAGUUGAGCCGGGAGGAUUCAGGUGGAGCUUCCCAGUGCUUCUCAUCCCAGUGCUUCUCAUCCCUGCUGCUGCCGCUGCCCCGGUGCUUGCUGAGCUCUGGGAGGUGGGAAGAGGGAGAAGGGUCUCGUAGGACGGCUGCUCCAGGGCCGUGGGAGCUGCUGUUGAUCUGUAUUGGUGACACAGACAGCAGCUGAUCUGUACUGGUGACACAGACGGCAGCAUUCUCUGCCUGUGCCUCCAUGGACGCCUUCAGCCCCUGAACCCCGGAGCUUUGAGGAGCCCUGAGGCAGCUCUGCUGAACAGGGGGUGGGGGAGCGCAGGUGACUGAAUGCCGCCUUCUACAGGGGGAGGAAAACUUGCCUUACUGCAAGGAGUGAAGGAGAGAGAUGGUGGCUGCUCAGGAAUGGCGGAGCUGCCUGCCGGUGUCCCCGGUGCUGCGGCCACAUGGCAGGAAGAGAGGAUGGGGAAACAAACAGCAGUGCUGGAAGGCACCCGGCCCUGAGCCCACACAGCUGCACAGCGGGGCUGGGGCUGCCU